CCCUCAAAAGCAAAGAAGCAAUCACUAAGUGGCAAAAAGACGACAAUAACAUCAUCAUCAACUAUACCACCAGCAUCAUCAUCAUCAUCAUCUCCUUUGAUUUUCUUCAUUCUCCUCCUCCAAUGCUCCACCAACUACCCUUAACAGCCACUAAAGCAAGCUUCUUCCUUCCACCAUAAGUCUCGCUUUCUCUUUGGUCUUUCUUUCAUUUCUGUGCUUUUUGGUUGAAUUUCGUAGGUUGAUCUUCACAAACUUUUUCAAGAACUCAUGAGUUCAGAGGAUACUGAAGCACGGAUUCCAAUGUCAUGUUCUUCAUCACUCUGGUACUAAAGAACUCUCUGUUCUUGUUCUGUUUUGUUUAAACUCUGUGUCUCUAUUAACCUCACCUCCAAAACUUCCUCUGUUUCCACUCCUUUUGCUUGAACUCACGUACUGUAACUUUGCUCACCCACAAAAUAUAGAAAUAAAUUUCAUCAAUGUGUUUGCAUUGAUAACCCAGUUUCCCACACAAACUCUGUUUCCAUCCUGUUUUCCCUUUCUGCUAGCGAAGCACCAAUCUUCCCAUUGGAGAUUAUAUUGAGAUGGAUUCGUUCAAUCAAACCACUGGGUUCCGUUAUAACCCUAGUUCCAACACAAUGAGUCAUCAUGGAGAUGAUGAUUCCGAGUUUUCGGGUAUUCUUGACGUAUAUGUUCAUCAUGCCAGGAACAUUCACAACAUAUGUAUCUACGAUAACCAAGAUGUCUAUGCAAAGUUUUCUCUUACCUAUAACCCAGAUGAGACUCUCACCACUCGAAUCAUCCAUGGAGGUGGCAAAAAUCCGAAGUUCAACGAGAACCUGAGGAUGAAAAUCUCCCAAGUUGAUGCAGUUCUAAAAUGUGAGAUUUGGAUGCUCAGCAGGGCUAGAAACUACAUGGAAGAUCAACUGCUGGGGUUUGUCUUGGUCCCAAUUUCACAAGUAGUUGGCAAAGGAAAGGUUACACAAGACUAUAGCCUCUCUUCCACUGAUCUCUUUCACUCCCCCGCUGGAACUAUCCAAUUGAGUCUUUCUUUUAACACUACUCUGCCUGUGAAUCCCUCUUCAUUACCCGAAUCGGUUACCAAGUCAUCGAUAUCUUCGGAGGUUGUAUUGCUUGACCGGAAAAUGUCAGAUGUGAUCUUAGACCCAAUUGAAUAUUCUAGGAUCGAAUUCCCAGACAUUAAUGUUGUUAAAGAGAAUCAACAGAUGGUAUCUGAGUACUUUGACUUGUCAGGGAAUGGUUGUAGUUCGAGGUCCAAUUCUAGGGGACUCGUUUCAUUUCUCCACCUUGGCUCUUCUCCUCAUUCUAUUGAUGAUUAUGAUAUGACUGUGAAUUCGUCUGAGGAAAAUCGUGGUGGAUCAAAUUCUCCCAAUGGAAGCAUACAAAAUUCUGGGUUCUUAAGUUCAACUACAACAAGCUUAAGCGAUGAUAGAAACUCGGCUGAUUCAACCGAGAAAAAGAGUCGUUUAUGUGGUGAAUCACCAAGUUCUGUCAAUGUCUUAAUCCCUACUGAGGCUAAUCAGAAUUCCGGUGCUUGUCCAGAUACUCCAACCUCGAAAAAGGGGACUGAAAUCAGAGAUGAAAAAGAGUCAAAUUUCAUAAGCAGCAAAGAGGAGGAGAAGAAAAAAGAUAGGAAUAUGGGCGGUUCGACCAAAUUUGGUCAAGUAUUUUCAGGUCCACUCGGGAAUAUCAACAUUGAGGCUGAGCAGUCUGCAAUGCAACAGCAAAUAGUGGACAUGUACAUGAGAAGCAUGCAGCAAUUUACCGAAUCUUUGGCAAAGAUGAAGCUUCCAAUGGAUCUCGAUAAACCGGAAAGUGAAGAUGGUGGGGAUGUCAUUCAAAACAGUAGCAACAAAUUAGAAAUUGACAAGAAGAAGGAUGGAUCGCGUGUGUUUUAUGGUAGCCGGGCUUUCUUCUGAUUUCUAAUUAAUGCUACUGCUGCGUACCUGAUGGGGGGAGUUUGUAGUACGUAGCAGGAUAAAGAGUUCAUUAAUUUUAUGGUAACUUUGGUUUCCUCUCGGCUUUCUUGUGUUGUAUUUAUGACAGAUAUCGGUUUCUUCAGUCCCCUAACCUCUUCCCCAA